AAACAGGCGGCUGGAAUGUGCAGGGGACAAGGUAAACACCAGCGCCAUUUUGUCUAGUCUGGGUUUACCGACUUCUCGAUCUCUCUCAGCACGGAGAAAUUCCGACCUUUUUCUCUGCCGUCCCGCUCCGCCAACUCGCAACAAAUGGACGUGCGGUGAGACGGGGCACUUCCAUGGCGUCAGAUGACAACGACAACUGUUAUGACAUAUUAGGAAUAGAGCCAGAUGCUACAGCGAGUGAGAUUCAGAAGGCCUACCUGACCGUCGCUAUUCAGUAUCACCCUGAUAGAACUGAGAAUCAAGAUGGGAAGAAUUCAGCUACGUUUGAGAAGAUAAAUGCUGCCUACAGGGAAGUGAUAUCAGAUGAAGAUGCAGAAAAUGUAGAUAGUGAUCAGGUCUUCUUCAACUUGCUGGAAGAGUUGCUGCUAUCAGACUCUGAGGUGACAGACGUGUACAGCUGGUUCAGCCAGUCGAGUCCAGGGUUCUCUCCAGAUGAUAUGUACAUAGAUGAUGUGGACGAUGACGCCGCUGACAGGGGUUUUGACACCUUCAUGGAUAUCGUUCACAAUCGUAGGCUGAACGGAAAACAAGUUCCAGAAGGCUUCACAGAUGAAAAGUUGUCUUAUCUGAAAGACACUCUAGCAGAAGAGAAGGAAGCGCACAAGCGGGAGAACGCUAAGAGGCUGAACAGCAAGAAAUCCAAAACUGUACUUCCAGUGCCUGUUGCAAAGCCUAAACCAAAGUCAAAGAAGCAAUUAAAAGCAGAACAAAGGAGGAGGGAGAAGGAAAUGGAGGAGAUUGCCCAUGACCUUAAGGAAAAGGCAAAAGAAGAGGAAUUGAGAGCUGAAAAGAAAAAGCAGCAGGAACUUGAGAAACAGAAGCGUCUGGAAGAAGAAUAUAUUAAAGCAGCUCAGGAAGAAAAAAAGCGAAAAGAAAAAGAGGCAGAAGAGCUUCGGCUUCAGAUGGAAGAGGAGGAAGAGCAGCGGCAAGAAGAGGAACGCCGCAAACGUGAGGAAAAGAAAAAGAAGCAGCAACAGCUAAAGGCCAAGGCACAGGAGCUGAAAGCCAAAGAAGCUGAAUCUGCCAAGUCUCAGCCAUCCCAGGCCGCCGCCGCCCAGCAGGCCGCCAAACGCCCCAGCUCGGCCCAGGGCCAGCAGCCGCCCCGCUACCCGCGGGAAGUCCCCCCGCGCUUCCAGCAGCAGGCCCAGAAACAGCAGCACCACAAGCAGAAGCAACAAGGGGGCCAGGGCAAGAAGCAGCAAGAUUACUACAAAGGGUCUGGCGACAACGAUUUCUCCAUGUGGAAUGAUACCGGUAGCAGCUGGGACCGCGUCGUAGUGGACGGUAAAGACAAGGAGUCAUGGCCUUCAUUGAACAAUGAAUCAGAGACAACCUCAGAAGUAGAUGACUCUCUUUCUAAUGCUGGCUCUGACAAAUCCGCGUCCAAUUCCAGUAGCGUGCAAGGGCUAAGCCAACAUUCUGAUAACGGCCAGAGAGACGACUCGAGCCUGAGUCCGCGGGAUACAGACCUUUCUAGUGGAAAUGCCACUCCCAGUGCUUCCAGUUCUGGUCCGUUAAACGAUACCAUUGCAAAUGCCAACCCGAGAGGGAUGAACGGAACCACAGACAGUGUGUGGGGUGUGAGUAGCAGUGCAAAGACGGUGAGUACGAGCGGAGCGAUGAGUGUGUGGGGUAUGCAGGGUGCUGCUACAAACGUUAGCAAUGUGAACUCAAGUGUCUGGGGAGGGAAUCCCCACGGCUUUCCAAAUGUGCAAAAUAAUAAUGACAACUCCGUUGUUGCAAGAGAUGCAAACUCUGGGACCUCUAAUUCCAUGUUUAUGGGAAUGUGGGAUUCGGACUCCAAUUCCGACGGGAAUUAUCAACAGAACGUGUUGCAAUUAGGGAGGAAAGAGGCUGCUCAACAGCAACCACCACCGCAUGUCUUUGGGGUACACAACGCCUUCCUCAGACUAUCAACAAUCCUGGUUCAGGACCAAAUAAUACUCAAAAUUAUGGCAACCCUCAAGUGAAUGCAAAUGCUGCAAUGGAAAGUGCUAAGUGUGAACUGCUGCCCGUGAGCAAUGGAUGGUUGGGUGGGUUCUCCACCGCAGGAGAGGCCAACCCGGGAGCCCCUGGACACACCAACCUUGUGGACGGCCCCAUGGGAUUGCCGGCGCCAGCGGCGUCCAACCCAGGAAACACCAGCGCUGCUUCUACAAACCCGCUGUUCGGAGGGAGUAACAUGAACACAAGUGUUGCAGGGACUGCUGAUUCUGCCAAUGCUGCCAAUAUUACUACUACUAAUAUGGGGAAUAAUAAUCCGGGGAAUCAAUCAUCAAGGACUGAACCAAAUGCCUGGAGCCGCCCACUGUCCGGAGCGGACUGGGGCAAUCCCAGCAGAG